AAAUGCUGUCUAUAGUUACUUCAAAUAAUUGUCUGGUCUGUCCUCAGUGGAAACUGACGUGUAAAGGUAAGUUGAUGGCCCGGUAAUUGAAUUAUUAAGAGAGUGGAAAAUGCUGUGCAGUUUGCAUCAUUGUGAUAAAGCAAUCGUACAGAAAUUGGAAAUUUCAGUUCUUGAAUGUAAUGGAAGACCAACACCCUUCAGCAAAUAACACCAGAGAUACCGAAUGUAAAAUUCCAAUUCCAGAAGGUGAAGGUGAAGAUCAUCAUCAGUAUUUCGAUGGUCGCCGAAUACAAAGAGUGCCCCAUUUUAUUCGAUUCAAGAAACACAACGUAGAGGAUUAUUACGCUCCUAAGAUUGUUUCCUUUGGCCCUUAUUACCAUGGCUUGCCAGAACUUGGAAUGGCAGAGGAAUUCAAGCACAAAGCCCUUACAAUGUUUGUUUCAAGCAGCGGCAAAGACAGAGAAUUAUUCUACUGCCAGAUCUUUAAAGUGAUUCACCAGAUUAGAAAUUGUUACGUUGGGGUUUCUAGAGAUUCAUAUGAUGAUGGAGCACUAGCAGAAAUGAUUCUUCUAGAUGCAUCUUUCGCUAUUUAUCUAAUGACAAUUUCCUUAGAAGAUGAAGAAGAAUAUUUCCAUUUCUGUCAACAUCUUGGAAUGGCUGCAGUGUCAUUAGUAUAUCGUGAUAUGAAUUUAUUGGAGAAUCAAAUUCCACUCUGGGUUAUUAAGCUCUUGAUUAAUUUAAUAUACGGAGAAGGAUCCAUGUUACUUUGUAAUUUCUUAAGUUCCAUGAUUUUGGAGAAUACCAGUCUAACAAGAAUUCCUGGAGAAGAUAAAAAGCAACCACUUCACCUUCUAGAUGCUUAUCAUCGACUACUUGCCCAAGAAUGGGAUACAGCAGGAAAAAUACUCGUCCAGCCUGUUAAAAAAAGUCAAUGGCGGUCGUGGAAGAAAGAGAAUCGAAAGGAAUUUGGGAAAUGCAAUCGUCAAUUUCGUUCAAUCACCGAUCUCAAAGCAAAAGAUGUGAAGGAACUGCGAGAAAAGAAGAUACUCUUUAGCACCCUCGACAGUGAUGAACAAGUUGUUGAAGUAAUCAAAGAGAUUGAUACUUCCGGACUUGACAAUUACUAUAUUUUUGAUGAUGUGAAGAUGAGAAUCGAGAAGCACUGCAGUAGCAAGGCAAAAACAUGGAUUGCUGAAUUAAUUCAUACUUAUUUUCGCAAUCCGUGGACUUUCAUUGCCUUACUCGCUGCCACUUUUCUUCUUUGCUUAACUUUUCUCCAGACCUAUUACACAGUGAAUCCUAAGUAAAGGUGUGUGGCAAAUUCUGUUCUUCAAGUUUUAGUCGAGAUAUGUUUCGAUUCUUCCAAAAAAGAUAGGUUUGAUGCUUUUGUAUUUAUUGUAUUAACCUAUGUUUGUAUUAUAGGAAUUCAAAUCUAUAAAAGUAGUAUUAUAACAAA